AUGACAAUGGAGCUAAAGAAUCAGAAGGAGGGGAUCGAAGUUGAGGCAGCUAGUGCGAUGGUGAAUGGGCUGAAAAAUACGUUUGGGUCUGAUCAAACAAAGAGCUACGAGUUGAGAACCUCCCAGUUGAAGAGUUUACUAAAAUUAUCCGACGAUCACGAGGAGGACAUCAUUGAUGCUCUCGGCUCCGACCUCUCCAAACCUACCUUCAUCCUCCAGGGUCCAUUGCCUUCAAUUCUGGUGAAAAUAGCAUCUGAAUCACAAGAACUGCAGGUUGAAAAAAGUGGUACCACUGGAGCUGGGUGCCUCUCUGCCAGUGAUAGCUUGUCUUUGCCUGUUGCAGAAACUGAAAAUAUCACAACUAGUAGUGUUUCACCCACAACUGCUUUAUUCAACAGCUUUUCACAUACGAGCAUUUGGCAGGAUCCUACUUCAGUUGUAGUAUCAUCAAAUUCAUGCAACAAUAUUGUUGUAGCAUCAUCAUCCCUACUGGAGGUUAAUUCAGUAGCUGCUUCAAAUCAGCCCUCAAGAAGCAAAAAUAGCCAUAAUCACAACCAUCUCAGCAAUCACCAUCAUCAUAAAGCUGAUGAACAUAAUGAAAAAGUCGAAAACCACCCCAAUUUCCCAUACAGACAGAACCUAUUCCGUGACUUUCAUGAAGUAAAUUCCAAUUGCAGAUUUAACCCAUGGAGGAUGAAUCAUUGUGAUCCCCAUGUGAACAAUCUUGCUAAAAAUUCUGCAAGAUUUGUCCCACCCCUUCCUCUGCCUCAUGUAUGUCCCCAUCCAAUGACCAUAGCUCCAUAUACGCAUCCAUUACAACCUCCAUUUCGGGGUUAUGAUUUUCUACAUCAUCCCCAUAAUAGUGGUGUCUUUCCAGAUUUUUACUUGAAGGAUCGUAUGGACCAGCAAGGAUGGGUUAAAGUCGAUCUUAUUGCUAGGUUUCCCAGGAUUAAAAAGUUGACUGAUGAUAUUCAGUUGAUACUGAGAGCUUUGCAACCCUCGCACACGGUGGAAGUACAGGGACUGAAUAUUCGAAGACGUGGAAGUUGGAUGAACUGGAUUCAAAGAUGUUGA